AUGGGUCGGAAAGACGACGACGAGGAGUACGUCAUGUACACAAUCGUCACGUGUCCAGCAACGGACGAGCUCCCAGCGGCCACCGCAAAGAUCAAGAUCCCCAACGACUUCAGCGAGGACCUCGACGAAGAGCUGUGGUCACUAACCGAGAGACGCGACGAGACGAUACAAGCUCUCAGUCGCCAAUUGAAGGAGCUCGUGCGCCUCUUAGCGGAGCUACCGAUGAGCACCAAGGUCAUUCCGGAGGUGCAGAAAUUCCGCUUCUUCAAGCGCGCCAUGCCGAAGGACUCGCACGACAAAGUUGCAGCCGCGGACGACCAUUGCGACAAGCUGACGGCGCUUGUUCUGUACUUCGAGCGCCUCUAA